ACAGUUGGAAUAUCUGCAGCUCGCGACGAUUCAAAUAAUUUUGAAUUAUAACCGUCAUAACGGUCAGUUUAAUAACCGGAAUGUUCCAGAAUUAAUAAUAAUAAUAAUAAUCAGGGUCUGAUUCACACAGCCGGAGAUUAACGAGUUUAUCGACCUGGUCAAGUUUUUAAUCCCGAGUUUGAUUAGUAAUCCGAUUUCCAGCGUCAUGGAUCUGAUGUGGAGGUUUCAGCUCUUACUUUUUGUCACCGUGUGCAGACUGAGAUUCUCCGUGUCAACACUUCUAGAAUCCAUUUACUGGAACACAUCAAACACAAAGUUCGUCCCUGGUAAAGGCCUGACCCUCUACCCUCAGAUCGGGGACAAAGUGGACAUCGUUUGUCCCCGCCUGAGGCCCGACCAGGGCGCCCAGACUCGCAUCGAGUACUUCCGCGUCUACCUGGUGACCGCGGAGCAGCUGGAGAGCUGCAGCGUAUCGAAGAAAAACGUGGUGCUGCUAAACUGCGACAAGCCCGACCAGGACGUCAAGUUCACCCUGAAGUUCCAGGAGUUCAGUCCAAACCUGUGGGGACUGGAGUUUCUCAAGGGCGAAGACUACCACAUCGUCUCCACAUCAAACAGCACUUUAGAGGGUCUGGACAAUCUGGAGGGAGGUGUGUGCAAGACCAAAUCCAUGAAGCUCGUCCUCCGUGUCGGACAAAAGCCUGAUGAUACAAAAGAACACUCUCCUAAAUACUCAGACAACGAGCACCAAAGCACCUCCAGCAGAGAGAACGAUGUCAGCAAAGUCGAAUUGGUCCCAGAGAGUAAGAGUGGCGAGUCUGUGGGAGUGUCCGGGUCGGAGGUGGCCCUCUUCAUCGGCGUGGCCUCAGGAGCCGUCGUGCUGCUCAUCAUCAUCGUCACGCUGGUGGUGUUCAUGCGCCGGCGCCAUCGCAAACACUCGGCUCAGUCCACAGGCCGGCUGGCGCCGCACACCGUCCCCAAACGCGGCGACAACAACAACGGCUCGGAGCGCAGCGACGUCCUCUUCCCCCUGCGCGCCUCCGACAGCUACUACUGCCCCCACUACGAGAAAGUGAGCGGCGAUUACGGCCACCCCGUCUACAUCGUCCAGGAAAUGGAGCCCCAGAACCCCGCCAACAUCUACUACAAAGUCUGAACGUUAGAGGCACCGACAGGCUUUGAGCCUCAUCCAGGACUGAAGGACGGUCUCCUCCGAGAGGUCCCGCUUGAUCGGAGCUGUGCUCACCCGAACGAAUCAGAGAUAAAUGACUCUUGGAAUCAGGUCCAGGAAACGGAGCCGGUCCGAUUUAGCCCGCUCUCAGGCUGGCA